AUGGAUUCUGCAAGCUCACACUUGGAUAACGAGGGCGAAGUUGAACCUAUGUAUACACAUAUUCCAAAUGACGAUGCUUUAACCCACCAAGAUGGCCCUGAAAAUGAUGUGGGUGAAACAAUUGCUGAACCAUUGACAUCUAGUUCGGAUGAAGAGUUAAACAAUGAGGAAGACAAUGUUGUAUUAUUGAAGAUGAUCGAUGGGGAUGAAAAAGUUGAAGAACCUAAACUGUCAAUGACAUUUACUUCAGUAGAGGAAGUGAGAACAUAUUAUAGGAAGUUUGCUAAGCAAGCUGGUUUUGGUGUGCUAACAAGAACCACGAAAAAAGUGCAUGGUGAACAAAGAUACCUAAUCCUUACAUGUAGUCGUGGACGCCUACAACAAACUAGCACAAGUAAGAGUUCGAAGCCAAUUCCAACAACUAAUAGAACGGGGUGUCGUGAAAGGAUUUGUGCGUCGAAAUGUGAUGAUGGAACGUGGUUUUUGAGGAAAGUUGUGCUUGAGCAUAAUCAUCAAUUAAGCCCGGGCAAAGCAAGAUUUUUUAGAUGCAAUAAGAUUAUAAAUGAUGCUACCAAAAGAAGACUCGAGCUAAAUGAUAGAACAGGAAUACGUCUGACUAAGAAUUUUAAUUCAUUGGUUGUCGAGAAUGGGGGGUUUGAGAGUCUUUCCUUUGGAGAGAGAGAUUGUAGAAAUUUUAUUAACAAGGCAAGAGAGCUUCGGCUUGGUAAAGGAGGUGCUCAAGCACUUUGUGAUUAUUUCAGUCGAAUGCAAAAGAAGAACAAUGGCUUCUAUUAUGUGAUGGAGAUGGAUGAUGAUUGUAGGUUGCAAAAUGUUUUUUGGGCUGAUGCACGAAGUCGGACAGCAUAUGAAUUCUUCGGUGAUGUUGUUACAUUUGACACGACAUAUUUGACCAAUAGAUAUGACAUGCCAUUUGCUCCUUUUGUAGGAGUGAAUCAUCAUGGUCAGUCUAUACUUUUAGGAGCAGGACUAAUAUCAAGCGAUGAUACAGACACAUUUGUGUGGUUGUUUAAAUCUUGGUUGGAGUGCAUGAACGGCCGAGCCCCAAAAGCAAUUAUGACUGAUCAGGAUAGGGCUAUGAAAAAUGCUAUAGCAAUAGUUUUCCCUGAAACUCGACAUAGAUAUUAUCUAUGGCACAUUAUGAGAAAACUUCCUGAAAAGUUUGGAGCACAUGCUAAUUUCGAUGGCAUUAAGAGUGCCCUAUAUACUUGUUUGUAUGAUUCCCAAACUUGUGAAGAAUACGAGACAAAUUGGAAAAAUCUACUAGAGAGUUAUGAUCUUCAUGAUAAUGCAUGGCUACGUGGGUUAUAUAGUGAGAAGACAUUUUGGGUGCCGACCACUUUGAAAGAAGUUGUUGAUCAAUUUGAUAGUGGUUUAAGGAGAAUGGUCGAGAAUGAGAAAAAGGCUGAUUUUGAUUCUUUUAAUCGCACGAUCCCAUGUUUAAGCCUUUCAUCUUUUGAGAAGCAAUUUCAAGAUGUUUACACAAAUGCAAAAUUCAAAGAAGUUCAUGAGCAGUUUGAGAGAGUUAUGUACUGUAAUAAUAAGGUGCUUAGAAGUGAAGGUGCGAUAUCUACCUAUGAAGUUAUUGAAUAUGUUGUUGUUUUUGGAAACCAGAUAGAAAAAACAUUUGUUGUUUACUUUAAUGAAGAUGAAUUGGAAGUGAAGUGCACAUGUGCAUUGUUUGAAUUAAGAGGCAUCUUGUGUAGGCAUUCUAUUUCUGUGUUAAUGACAAAGAAUGUGAAAACAUUACCAUCAAGAUAUAUUCUUGAUAGGUAG